GUGGAGCCCCUCCUGCGAUCCUACCUACCUAUUGAGAAGAAGGACGAAGAGAAGAACCAAAUGUCUUGCAACGACCGUCUGAUGCAGCUGGUGCUGAAGGGGAUGCUGUAUGAGUCAUGUGUAGACUACUGUCAGUCUCAGGCAACUGGUGGCCAGAACGGCUUCACCUACGCCCGUCUCCUCAAUGAUACGGGGUUCAGCGACGCAGACCUCUCCCUCCUGGCCUGGCUCCAGUGUAUUCCCUUUGAGGUCUUCUCUUGCCCCUUUGAGCAGAAGGCCGUCAGUGUGGACAUCCAGCCGCUGGUCAAGCCCUCCCUGGAGGCCUCCUGGUCAGAGCAGAUCCUAGUGACCCCCAUCAAGCCCAAGAUGUUCCCUCACACAGCCGUUCCUACGGCCCGCCCCCGCUCCGCUGAGCUCAUGACCCGCUCGCUUAACCCACAGUUUGAUGGGCUGUCCAGUGGGCUUUUGCAGGGCAAACGAGUGGAGUUUUCCAGCCCUUCAGGCCAGGCUGCCCUGUCCCAGUCCAUGCUCCCAGGCCACUCCCCAAGCAGAGUUCGCGACCCCAUGCUCAUGUCUAUGGACAAGCUCUUCUCGGAGGGCGAGGUCAUUGAUACCCAUGCCUCCAUCCCCGAGGAGCUGAAGGGGUCACCGAGGGCCAAGGUAAACUCUUCCAAGCCGGGCAGUCCAGCACCUGCUAACCGCCCUGCCCCUGUGCGGUCAUCGUCCCCGACUCGGAGUGGUUCCAUUUCCUCGGAGAAGUCAGCAACAGGGGAGGGUGCCCCGCGGGGUUCUCAGGCUAGCAGUGCGAAGGACUCCAGUAAUGAAUUGUACAGAGAGUACCAGAGGCAAAGACAGAGACUGCAGGAGCAGUUGGAGUUACAGGAGAAACAGCGUGAGUUAUACCAAAAGGAACUAAUGGAGAUAGAGCAGAAGGCUCAGCGAGCCAUGGGAGAAGACCUGGAGGACAACCGACUGCAGGAGGAGUUCUUGCUGUCACAGUCAGAGAUCCCGCCCCUAGUGCCGGGGGCUGUGACCACACCACCCGUGACGUCUGCCGGCGGUGUCGGUGGGGCCAAGUCCAAACUGAAGACCACAGGCAUCAGUGACCAGCGGUCAGCCGGAGGUCUGAGUCGGGCCAACUCGGUCAGAGAGCAGAAAGCCGGCCCGGGCAAAGGUGUGGUCAGUGCCGUGGGACAGAAUGCCACUCGGAGAGCCUCGGCUGAUUCGGUUAAAGCCAGCAAGCCCCGUUUCGUAGCAGUGACCAAGCUAGAAGACUGCCAGGCUGUUCGAACCAUCGCCUUCCACCCCACAGGAAACUUCUACGCCAUCGGCUCCAACUCCAAGAUGCUGCGGAUCUGUGCCUUCCCCAAUCUGGGCAAUCUCAGGUCCAGGUAUGGAGCUGAGCUUCCACGACGGGACGGUGCGUGACCUUGUUUUCAUGCAGGACGUGACCAACCAAUCGUCUCUUCUGGUCAGUGGUGGGGCCGGGGACUGCAAGAUCUACGUCACGGACUGUCACAGUGGAGCGCCCAUACGGGCCAUGGCUGGACAUACGGGCCACAUCUACUCCCUCCACACGUGGGGCGGCUGUAUGUUUGUGAGUGGCUCCCAGGACAAGACGGCCAGGUUCUGGGACCUGAGAGCCUCCACACCCAUCACGGUGGUGCCUGCACCCUCAGGCAGCCCAUUUGCCUCUGUGUGUGUGGACCCGUCUGGACGUCUGCUGGUCUCGGGCCAUGAGGAUGGGAUGGUCAUGCUCUACGACAUACGAGGGGCCAAGGUUGUGCAAAGUUUCCAGCCCCACAGUGGGGAAUGUCGCUCAGCCAGGUUCUCCAACAACGCUUACUACCUGCUGACUGUAGCGUAUGACCAGAGGAUUGUGGUCACUGACCUGCAUGGUGACCUGCUUCGUCCCCUGCCCAGUGUAGUUGUGGGAGAGCACCGGGACAAGGUGAUCCAAGGUCGCUGGCACCCCACACAGUUCGCCUUUGUCACCACCAGCGCAGACCGUGCUGCUGUCUGCUGGGGGCUGCCUUCUAUCCACUCCUAGUUCUGGCCUCUCUCUAUCCACGCUUUGUGCUGAACCAGCUGCUACAGUACGGAGGAGAAGAGGCGGAGGAGAGGAUAGAAGUGCGGAUGGCUGGCGGGUGCUCUGGUGUGGUUUGCUCCUUCUUUCCUAUUAAAUAUCAAUCUUCCUUAUCUCUCCU